AUGUUCGCCAAUCGACUUAUCAUUCAACGAUUUCCCCCGGUUCUCCCCAAUGGCAGGCUAGCGAAGGGAUCCUGGGUGAACUCGACAAACUCUUCAUCGCUUCGAAUCGCACCAGCCCGACAUGUCACUACAACCUCUGAAGUCAAAACCUGCCUGGAACCUGGAUCCAGUUCACCUCGAGGCCCAACGAUCCGGUCCUAUCCGUUCUCAGAAGCUGUAACCUCGUCACCCACACCUAUUCCAUACGAUCAAAAACUUGGCUUGAUGGGCAAUGUCGAGAAGAAACUAAUUUCCAGUUGCGUCAAUCAGGAAUUCCACAACCUGUUCCGGAAGAACCACCCGGACUCAAUCCGGCCGCUGUCAGUUAUCAAGGUGGAAUCAUAUACCAACGCAGCACGAACGACGACCAACGUGUUUACGGGAAUCUUGAUGGCUGUCAGGAGGCGGGGCACAGAAACUAGCUUCAGGUUGAGGACGAUCUUGGAAAGAGUGGGAGUCGAAAUGAAAUUCAACGUCUUCAGUCCGGUCAUCAAGAAUAUCACCGUCAUCAAGCGUGCUGGCGACCUUACCGGUGCGAUCAACGGCAAGCCUGUAAUUAGAAAACCGAGGAGAGCCAAACUGUUCUAUCUGCGCGAUCAUCCUCAAAAGAUGCCUGAUAUUCGAAAAAUUUCAAAAGCGGUCAUUUCCGCUCAGAAUAGAGAUGCAAUCGAUCAAUAA